AUGUGGACAGUUCCGAAGCCAAAAUAUAGAACUGGGCUGUGCGCCGAGGGGGAGAUUGCUGUGAACAUUGGCGGAGUCCGUGUGGUGCUUUUUGGGGAGGUUUUGAACCGCUACCCGGAGAGCAGACUAGCGGAGUUGUUGAACUGCUCAACCCAGAACCAUGAAGUUAUCUCGUCACUUUGUGAUGACUUCGAUCCAUGCAGAAAAGAGUUUUACUUUGACCGAGAUCCUGAAGCCUUCAAAUGCAUCAUCGACGUUUACUACUUUGGCGAAAUCCACAUCAAACCCGGCAUUUGCCCCAUCUGUUUCAUCAAGGAGAUGGAGUUCUGGAAAAUAGACCAAAAUGUUUUAGACGAGUGCUGUAAAAGUUGCCUAAGUGAGAAGGAGGAGGAGCUGACAGAGAUUGCGAACAAAGUGAAAGUGAUCCUGGAGGAUCUGGAGGUGGAUGAGUGCAUUACGCGCACCCAGCGGUGCCAGAGGUUCCUGUGGAGGCUGAUGGAGAAGCCGGGUUCCUCCCUGCCGGCGCGCAUCAUUGCCAUCGCAUCCUUCCUCUCUGUCCUGGUCUCUGCGGUGGUGAUGUGCGUGGGGACCAUCCCGGAGCUCCAGGUGACGGACGCGGAGGGAAAACUGGUGGAGCACCCGGUCCUGGAGGGGAUCGAGACCGCCUGCAUGUUAUGGUUCACCGCGGAGUACUUCCUGCGCCUCGCCUCCUCUCCGAACAAGCUGCACUUUGCGCUCUCUUUCAUGAACGUCAUUGACUUCAUGGCCAUCAUGCCGUUCUACGUGGUCCUGUCCCUCACUUACCUUGGCACCACAUCCAUGAUGGAGCUGACUAACGUCCAACAAGCGGUGCAGGCGCUCCGCAUCAUGCGUAUCGCGCGUGUUUUCAAGCUCGCGCGCCACUCCUCCGGGCUGCAGACUCUGACCUACGCGCUCAAGAAGAGUCUAAAGGAGCUGGGGCUGCUCCUCAUGUACAUGGGCGUGGGGAUCUUUGUGUUCUCGGCGCUGGCAUACACCAUGGAGCAAAGCCACCCAGAGACCCUUUUCAGAAGCAUCCCGCAUUCUUUCUGGUGGGCCAUCAUCACCAUGACCACGGUGGGCUACGGAGACAUCUACCCCAAAACCACGCUCGGGAAGUGCAACGCAGCCGUGAGCUUUCUGUGUGGGGUAAUAGCCAUCGCCUUGCCCAUCCACCCCAUCAUAAAUAACUUUGUGGUCUUCUACAAUAAGCAGAAAGUUUUGGAGACUGCGGCGAAGCACGAGGUGGAGCUGAUGGAGCUGAAGUCUGGCAAGGACGCGCGCAGAGAAAGCACCAGCAGUUUGAGCAAAUAA